CGGAAGCGGGCGAGCUUGAGUUCCGUCACGACUUAUGCACAACCACCCGCCAUGUAAUUAUAUCGCAGAGCCGCCUCGAGCUCGUCUUGACAUCCAGACCUUCUGUUUCUUCAUUCUUCGCUGGCCAAUCGUCUUCCAACCACUCCAGACGCUCGUCAAGAUGCUCCUCCCCACGUCAUUGGUGUUGGCAUUGCUACACACCGCCUCCGCCCUCUCAUACCAUGGCCCGCCACCAGAGCAAGAAGCACCACAGCAACACGUCUUCACCAACCCAGCCGAUGAAGCCCAUACCUCCCUCCACUACCCCACCGUCCACGAGUCGACCGUAAUGGCCCGACGAAUCCUCCACCUUUCCACCCUCGGCAACCUCGUCACAUCCUUCCCCGCCUCCGACCCCUCCUCUUCCUCGAACGAAGACAUCCACUCGCAAGAGAACAGACCGCCAGGCGUGGAGAACAACCCCAUAGGCCUAAUGGAAUACUACGCCGACUGCGAAGCGACCGGCAACCCCACGUUCCUCGCCAUCGGCGUCGCCACGCCGUACAAGAACUACCAAGCCGGCUCGAACAUCAGUCUCAGUGUGCGCUGGUGGCCCAAGCAAUCCCUCACCUACGACGCUCAAGAAGACGACGACAUCCCCACCCCUCACACACCCGCUGCUCUACCGCGCUUCUCCCUCCACGGCUACCUUGAGCCCAUCUCAUUGAAAGACCUCGCUACGAAGCUCGUCCCCGCUUGCUUCCUUAAAGCCCACCCGGAUUCCAUCCUCUGGCAGCCGGGUAAUGACAUUCAUACGAGCGAGUACAUGCGCUUCGUCGUGGAGCACGUGUAUUGGUUUGGAGGGUUCGGAGAUCGCGCGCGCAUUGGCUGGUUGCCGAUUGCGGAGUGGAGGAAUGUUACCAUGGACGAGGUGGCGGCUUGUCGCCUGCCGGGCGAGAAGGGGUAUGAGGAGAGUCUGAGAUGGAAGGAGGGGCUUUGAAGACUGUGGGACGUCUUCGGACGAGCGUGUGCCGAGACUGCAAGGCGUUGUCAUCAUGCACUGUCGCAGCAUAUCGAGACCAGAAGUUCGCCGUGCCUGUGUAUUACCGGCUGCUACUGAGGAGAAGGCAAGCAAGUGGCAGCCAUCAAAGCACACUCCUCUAAGCCGCCCGCUGACACGGAGCCCGUACGCCUGAACGCAGUCGCUUCAAGGCCAACGUGAAGCAGGACACAGACAGGCCGCUUUUCGAGCUUUGAAAGCCUGGUAGGAGGCAAACGACAGGGUACAAUAGACAUAGACA